GGUGAAGUGAGAAAAUUAAAAGACUAUUUAAGAGAUUGUUGGAGGAAUUCUCCUCAAUUGCUCAAGCGAAAAAAUGGAAGUCCAAAACCAGAAGAAGAUGAAGAUCCUUUGUCUCCAUGGUUUCAGAACCAGUGGCAGUUUCCUUCAAAAGCAAAUCAGCAAGUGGGAUCCUUCAAUUUUUGCUCCCUUUCAAUUGGAGUUUCCAGAUGGUAUAUUUCCGGCUGGGGGUAAAUCUGAUAUAGAAGGCAUCUUCCCUCCACCUUACUUCGAAUGGUUCCAAUUCAACAAGGACUUCACUGAGUACACUAACUUGGAAGAAUGCAUUUCUUACCUCUGUGAAUACAUAACAACCAAAGGUCCUUUUGAUGGGUUACUUGGUUUCUCCCAAGGUACAACAUUGUCUGGACUUCUGAUGGGGUACCAAAUGCAAGGAAAGGUACUGAAGGAGCAUCCACCUUUCAAGCUAUUCAUAGCAAUAUCUGGAUCCAAAUUCAGAGAUCCAAGUAUUUGUGAUGUUGCCUACAAAGAUAAAAUCAAAGUCAGAUCAGUCCACUUCAUAGGAGAGAAGGAUUGGUUGAAAUUGCCUUCUGAGGACCUUGCCAAUGCCUUUGAGGACCCUCUCAUUAUAAGGCACCCCCAAGGACAUACUGUCCCAAGACUAGAUGAGGCAGCAAUAGAGAAGUUGCAGAAAUGGACCAAGGAGAUCAUCGUUGCCCAUAGCAGUGAAAAUGUUUUGGAUGAUGUACAAAAAAUUGGGAAUGGAGAUGCAGUACAGAAAAUUCCACAAGAUUCUCAUGACAACAUUGCUAAUGGCCACAAGGAUGCAUUGGGAGAUUCCGGCGAGAAGGAACAAACUGUGGAUGCGGUCCCUACUUGAACUAAAUAUGUUACUAAAUCAUAACGAAUGUUGUUAAUAUCGCAUUGGUAUGUGUACUAUUUUUAUGAUUGAUAUAUGUAUUUAUUGCAUUUCAAAUUAGAUUAUAUUGUGUGCUAGUACUGUUUUGCAUUUGCCUUUACAAAUAUUUAUUUUUGAACUAAACCAUAAUUCCUCAU